AUGAGGCCACUAGGUCUCUUACGCUCGUUUGUGAGUCUUGCGCUCUGCACGGCAACAUGGGCAAUGGAUCCAACAGAUACCAUUAUGGAUGCCGACUCGGCUGCUGUCGGUUAUCUCCCAAAUCACAACAUGGAUCCGGCAACUAUUGAAGGUGGUGCAUUUGGCCAGAUUUGGUCCUUCACAACGCCAAAGAACCCUCUCAACCAGGUUGAACAAUUCUACUCAAAACUCUUGGUAUAUACACCAAAGGCAACUGGCAAGCAAACCGUCAUUGCCUUUUCAGAACAAAAUCGCAUUUACGUUCUCGAUGCGGUGAACGGCACACUUUACAACAGCCGUGACCUGAGUGAGCAGGAUCCUGCGGAAGCCCCUUUCAUGGUCUCUGACUUGGGCAAUUGCAACGAUAUUAGCGGAACGAUCGGUAUCACUGGCACCCCCAUUAUUGACCCCAACACAGAGACGAUCUACUUCUGGGCCAAGGGCUACAGCGAUCCAACCACAAAGGGCUGGAAGAAUGGUGCCUACCGUUUCCAUGCCAUUGAUGCAUGGACCCUGCAGGAGAGGCCUGGCUUCCCAACGAGCAUUGAAGGCAAGUAUGCCGAUAACGACAAGACCCGCUACUUCACCGGUGGUGGUCUCCUUCAGCGCACAUCCCUGAACCUCAUCAAUGGUGUGGUUUAUGCUGGUUUUGGUGGCCAUUGCGAUCUUUUCAACUACACCGGCUGGGUAGUUGGCAUGAGAGCCUCCAGUGGUGAAUUUGUCACCGGUUAUGCCACCGCUGGUGGAGACCGUGCCCCCAAGCAAGAUGGCACCUGGGAAGGAGGCGGUGGUGGCUGCGGUGUCUGGCAGAGUGGCGCCAUUCUGGCCUCAGAUAACCCGAGCCGUCUCUUCUUUGCUACUGGAAACGGCUACGGAGUCAUGGUGAACCAACAGUUGGCCGCCAGCGGCAGAAUUCACCUUGACACCCUCUCAGAAGCCAUUGUGAACAUGGCCAUCGAUUCAGCCACUGGAAAGGUGACACAACAAGACUACUUCGAACCAUACACUUACCAGGCAAUCGAUGCUGCUGAUCGUGACUUGGGCGGUGGUGGUGUUUCCAUCUUGCCAUUCGGAGGCGGUGGUGUCAAGCAGCUUGCGGUAACAGCAGGCAAGAACGGCCAAGCCUAUAUCUGCAAUGCCGACAACCUCGGAGGAUACAAGAUGGGUGCCGGUGGCGGCGAUGCCAUCAUCCAGACUAUCACUCCUCCGCAGGGCACAGCCAUGUUUGGAAAUGUUGGCGCGUAUCCUUUGGAAGGUGGUUACAUGUAUAUCACUCCCGUUGGUGCUCCAACUUACGCCUAUGCUCUUGGUUACGACUCAAGCGGAAAGCCGGCUUUCAGUGUGGCUGGUUCAACCCCUGACAAGUCCGCUGGCAGAGUCGGUACCGGCUCCGCAACCAUCACCACUCUCAACGGCCAACCAGGAACAGGCAUUCUCUGGAUGAGUGAUCCCGACAACGGCAUUCGCGCUUACCAUGCGGUGCCACGGAACGGGCAACUUGUCAAGAUUCCUCUUCCCGCUACUCCAGUCUUGUCCAAGUUCCAGCGCCCCGUUUUUGGCGAUGGCCGGUACUAUACCAGCACAUACACCGGACAGAUUUUGGCUUUCGGGUCCCCUGUCAAGUUGCCUUUUGACUGUGGUGGUCCCUUUAACUUUGGAGAGGUACCCAUCGGCACAUCAAAGACGAUCAACGUCACUUGUACUACCAAAAUCAAUGUCAACUCGAUCACCAACAUCACAACUGGCAAUCCCUUGUACAAGGUAUCCCUAGCUGACCUUCCUAAGACUGGAGUCACUGCUGGAAAGUCUUUUACCUUCCCCAUCAAAUUUGAUCUGAGCGGGUAUACGUUGGAUUCUGGCAGCACAAGCUCCCCAAGCAUGCAGCCUGGUGUGCAGUCCGGCUCCGUCACCCUCAACACAGUCAAUGCCGUUACAGGUUAUUCGACCCAACAGCCCCUUUCAGUGACAGGCAACACAGUGACAGAUGGACCGUUUGCGGCCAUCAACCCCAACGCGGUCGAUUUCCAGCCGCUUGUCAUUGGCUCUGCCGCUGCCGAAGGAGGAUCGCAAAACACCGUGGUCAUCCAGAACUUGGGCAAAGGACCUAUGAAAAUUCUGGGGUACGCUUUUACCUCCGAUGGUCCUAACUCGGCAACUGCAAAGUUCACCAACAUCACAAUCGAUGGGACUCACACUAAGCUUGAUGCCGACGGUUACUUCACUGCUGAGGACCUCCCUGCGCUCGGUUCUAGUGUCGCCGCUGGAUCAUCUGUGAUUAUUCACAUGACUUUCCUUGCUCCCAAGCUUGGUUCCUUCUCUACCACAUUCACGAUCUUCACUAAUGGUGGCAUGGCCUACUCUGUUUUGACCGGAUCUGCCAACUCGCAGCCCAUUGCUCUCCUUGAGCAUUCCACCAGCGAAGGCGGCUGGGUAACGAUCCCUUUCUGCAAUGAUCCUACCCAAACAUGCACCUUCAACAUCGACAUGGGCACAUCACCUGGCCUUACCACCAGAGAAGUGACCAUUCGGUUCACGAACAAGGGCGGUUCAGAUCUGAUGAUUGACAAGUCCAAGCCCCCUAUGGGCGCUGUUCUCGGUGCUCAAAACCCAAGCAGCGAUCUCUUCGAAGGCAUGGUUAUCAAGCCUGGAAAGUCCGAGAGUGCCACUAUCUUCUUCACCCCUGGCGCUGCCCCUCUCAACGCGGACCCCAUUGUUUACUCUGGUGCCUGGACACUCAACGUUAACGAUCUUGCUUUCGGCGUACAUGUCGUGAACUUCAUAGGUACCCUGCGCGCCACCAAAGUUGGGCCGACACUGCCAGAUGGAUCAGCCCGCUUCAAGUAUCUCGGCUGCUACAAGGACAGUAACGCCAACCGUCUGGAGACCACCCAGGCGCAGUUCCCUGCAGAUAACGACAAUGGAAAGUGCCAGCAGUACGCCAUCACUAACAAAGCUGCCUUUGCUGGCACUCAGUACACCUAUGAAUGCUGGGUCGGCCGGAGCAUUCCUCCUGCAAGCCUGAAGGUCGACGACUACCUAUGCAACACCUACGUUUGCCCAGGUGACAAGUCGCAGUUCUGCGGCGGUGUUGGCAGCUAUAUGAUGAUGUGGUAUGACACUACCGGCUACUUCCCCGAGAACGGCACCCUCGCUCCCGCUUUCAGGCCUCCCGCGAACAAGGAAGUUGUUGGUAACUGGGAGUAUGCUGGUUGCCGUACCGACAAUUCUGCUUCUCCUGCUACCCGAGCCCUGAAUGAUCGGAUUGUCGGACAGUCCAGCACCAACACGGUUGAGAGCUGCGCCGCAGCUUGUGCUGGCUUCUCCUUCUUCGGUGUUGAGUGGGGUGUUGAAUGCUAUUGCGGUAACAAGCUCAACACCGGUAGCACCGUUGCUGAUGAGAAAACCUGCAAUUACGUUUGCGGUGGCGAUCCUACUGAGCUAUGCGGUGGUUCAGGCCGCAUCUCGGUUUACAAGCAGAAGGGCACCGUCAUUGGCAACCCAUCAUCGGGUGUGACAACUUCAUCUGGGACAGCAUCCGGAACCACUUCCGCUACUGUUUCUGCCUCUUCCACAACCUCCUCUGCAGUCGCUUCCGGCACUCCUGGAAACCCACGGUCUAUCGGUCAAUACGUGUCCUUGGGUUGCUAUAACGAUGCUGUUGCCUCCCGUUCUCUCCAGGGAAAGAAUACUCAGUCCAACGUCAUGAACCUCAAUGACUGCGCUACGUACUGCGCCGGAUACAAGUACUUCGGUACCGAGUAUUCGGCUGAAUGCUUCUGUGGCAAUGAGCUCCUCAACGGAGCUGCUCUGGUCACCGAUGGCCGCUGCAACAUGCUUUGCAAUGGCAAUCAGCAGCAAAUCUGCGGUGGUAGCAAUGGCCUCUCCAUGUACCAGCUGAAUCCCAACGGCACCUCCAGCUCAGUCACUGCCUCCGGCUCGGCUACCCAAUCAGCCACGGCAUCUGGGGCCGCCUCCGGUACCGCUUCCGGUACUGCCUCCGCUUCCGCUUCCAUUUCCGCUUCGGCAACUACCACAACCUCAGCCGCCCCAACCACACCCACCGUCUCCGUCAAAUGCCCCGACAAUAACGGCACCACAUACCUCUCCCUCGACGGCAAGGCCUUCCUCCUCGAGUGCUUCACCGACCACGAAGCCGGCGAUCUGGGACUCGCCUUCGUCGACAGCUAUGCCUUGUGUGCCGAGAAGUGCUCCACCACUGAUCAAUGCGUGGCUUUCGCGUACGUGCCCGGUGGUACUGGUAUCCAGGCUCCGUGCUACAUGAAGAAGUCGGUCGGACGUGGUGUCAAUAACCAGGCUGUCUGGGGAGCUCAGCUCGUUUCUGUGGCUCCUAGCUCGACUGCCACAAGCGCUGCUGCGACGACGAGCACGAUGAGUGUUGCUGAUCCUGCUGGCGUAACUGGUUCGACCGCUACUGGUUCUGCUACCGGCUCUGCCACUGCCUCUGUCACCGGUUCAAGUGCUGCUAGCCCAACGACUGCUUCUGGUGGUGACACUGGCUCAGCUGCUACUUCUGCUACCUCGGCGGCCAGUUCUGGAGCUGCCUCUGCCGUUGUCACUUCUGCUGCUUCUGGUACUUCCGCUGCCUCAGUUGUCGCUUCUGGUUCCGGCUCGGGUGCUGCCUCCGGCGCGGCUUCGACCGCAGUCUCGGGCACUGCUUCUGUCAGCGUUGAUCCCAGCGUUGCUCCCAGUGUUGCUCCCAGUGUUGCUCCCUCGGCCAGCGUUGCUCCCAGUGCCAGCGUUGAUCCCUCGGCCAGUGUUGCUCCUACUGAAAGUGUUGCUCCUACAAACAGCGUGAGCGUUGCUUCCAGCGCUAGUAUAGCUCCCUCUGGAAGUGUUGUUCCAAGCGCAAGCGUGGCUCCGAGUGCCAGCGUUGCUCCCAGUGUGAGCGUCGCUCCUACAAACUCUGUGAGUGCCGCUGCCACGAACAGUGCCAGCGUAGCUCCGAGUGUGAGUGUUGCUCCCACGGAUAGUCCAAGCAUUGCUCCUACGAACUCAGCAAGUGUCGCUCCAAGCGUUGCUCCAGGAUCCAGCUCAUCCACUACUCCUCCUGCGGCUGGCACAACUACCACUGCAGCUGCCGUUACCUCCGCUCCUCCUGUUGCUGGCACAACUACCACAGAUGCCGCGGUUGUCACUACCACGGCUCCAGCUCCAGCCACCACUACCACGGCUGCCGCCACUACUACUACGAAUACCGGGCCUGUUCUCCCCACAAUUCCUACUGUUGUGAACUGGGACUACCAAGGAUGUGCCAGCGACUCCAAUGCAAACUACCCUCUCGCCGGCCUUGAGUUCCAAUCUCAAUGCUACUGCGGCCUCAAGAUCAAGCCUGGCUACAACCUCGGCCAGACUGGUUGCAAUCUCACCUGCGCCGGCGACCCAUCUACACGCUGCGGUGGCCGUGCUCGUCUGGACGUCUUCAGACAAACUAACUACGUGACGCCCCGCCUCGUCAACCCGUCCGUCUUCAACGGACGCAUAGCGACUCCUCAGGGUUGCUUCAAUGACAGCGCCGCCGCUCGUGUCCUCAAAGCGCACUCUUACGCCAACAGCACGAGCAUGACGGUCGAGAUGUGCCAUGAACGCUGCCAGACGAGGGGCUACAGCCUCUUUGGCGUGGAGUUUGCUAAGGAGUGUUACUGCAGCAAUUCGCUGGCAGACGGGGCGCAGGCGGCAGGGGAGCUGUAUGAGUGCAAGAGGUCGUUCUGUGUGGGUGAUAAGACGGAGUUCUGUGGCGGUGGGUCGAAGUUGUUGGUUUAUAAUAUUCAGCCGGCCGGGACUACUCUCCCUAUUAGGAGGAGUACAAAAAGGAUGGAUGGGGGAAUGGUGAAGUUGCCCAAGUUGAGGAAAGAUGAGGAGCCCGAACAUGAGUUGAGUUGGGAUGGUGAAGGUGAAGUUGCCCAAGUUGAGGAAAGAUGA